AUGGAAUACGCCCAAGAAAGUUUGCCAUAUAUUGUAUUGAUCUCUAUUGGAAGCAACGACUCAAAAUCAACUUCCCUCCUUGAGCUAUUACAAAAAAUUGAGGGAGAUAACUACAAUCGACAAACAGAAUAAUGGAAAAUAAGCACAAAGUAUUACGAGGCAUUAGUUUAAAUUCAAGAGAUUGUGAUUGAUUUCAAGGACCUAUCCUAUUCUAUGCAGAAAUUAGACUAUAUUGAGAAAAAGGAGGCUUUUAUUUACUACUUUUAAGCAGAAGAGGAACUAAACUUAGAUUACUACAAUAUCAUUCAUAACAUUCAAGAAAAUCAUUAGCCAGAGAUAGGCUUACUAUUUUUCAAUGGAAAACCUAAAGUCUUUAAAAAGGCAACAGAAGCUCUUAUAGAUAAAUUAGUCUAAAACUUCUUCAUUGAGUAUUUGAAAGAAGAUUUAGAAGAGUAUAAAUUACCGAUUUAAGGUGGUGAUCAUAGUGACAAGGAAAAACAAAAACCUAAAGGUGGACUAUUGAACGGAGAUGAAAAGGUGGGCUUAGAGAGAUUAAUUGAGUGCAUGCACUGUUGUAUGUGGAGUAACAUGAAAAAGAGAACAAUUAACUAGAAUCAAGUACCUUAGAGUUUAAUAAACGAUCUAUAAAGAUAAGAACAAGAGAAGCAAGAAUUCUUCCUCAAAGAGCAAUAAAAAAUAAAAGAAAAGUAGCAAGAUGAUUAGGUCGACUUAAAUUAAGAUGAUAAAGCAGAAGCAGGAGAGGGAUAAGGGUAGAAACAACCCUAAGUAAUAAACUUUGAGAAUGAUGAAAAUGAAAAGAAUAUUAUUCAGUAAUUGCUCAUUGAGGAAGAUCAUUACAUUAAAAAUGCUCCAAUUAACCCAUAGUAGAAUCCAUUUUUCGAAAACUAUGAUCUUAGUAAAGAGGAAGAGGAAGCGGAAAGCAUGAUAAUGCUAAUGCAACAGAUAAAAGGUUUAAGAGAACAUAAUCAAGUUUUAGAUGAUGAAGAGAGAAGAAAACAAGCUGAAGAUAUGAUAAUGAAAAUAAGUAAGUAUAUGCAACUGGAAGAUGAUGAGAAUGAGGAUGAAUACUAUGGAGAAGAAGAAUAAGAAGAGGUAAAGAAAUGA